AUGAGCAAAGAUCGGACGAAUGAGUUCCUGUCGAUUUGUCGAUCGAUGGGGACGAACGCCAUGGCAGGCAAGGGCGCUGGUCGAAACCGUCAACGAUCGCAAAUUGCGGCGCGGUGCAAGGCAGUCGGCAAAGACAUCACCAACACAUGGGACAAACUAGGAAGAUUAACACAGCUUUGCAAGAGUACCACGCUCUUCAAUGACAAGCCCGUCGAAAUUCAAGAACUCACUUAUAUCAUCAAACAAGACAUGGACCAAAUGAGACAGUCACUGGCUGAGUUGGACAGAAUGCAAUCUGGAACGCCCAACUCGAAAGACGGGGAAAAACAUAACAAAUCCAUGGUCCGGAGCUUGCAAACGAAAUUGGCCGCAAUGAGUAGCAAUUUUAAAUCGACUCUCGAGGCGCGGCGAGAAAACAUGAAAGCACAGAGCGAUAGGAGAAGUCAAUUCUCCGGAAAGGGCAUUCCUGGAGACUCGCAAAGCAGCUUUAUGCGUUCCACCGUCCUGUUCAAUGACGACCAAAGAGCACAGAAUAACGAUUCCAGUUUGAUUCCUCUCAAUCAGCAAUUUCAAGGACAAAUGUAUGAAGAGCAAGAUCAGUAUUUACAAGAUCGAUCGAAAGCGAUGGAACAAGUCGAAUCAACCAUCGUCGAGCUGGGAGAUAUGUUCGUUCAGUUAGCUGGAAUGGUGAAAGCGCAAGAAGAAACCAUCAUGAGAAUAGACUCGAACGUCGAGGAGUCGGAGAUGAACAUCGAGUCUGCGCAUACCGAGCUCCUAAAGUACUUCCGUUCCGUAACAUCGAACCGCUGGCUAAUGGUCAAGGUCUUCGCCACUAUGAUCAUUUUCUUCAUCGUUUUCGUUAUUUUCUUUGCCUAA